AUGACUGAUCUGGAGAGUAAAGCGAGCGAAGAGCUCUGUAAAGGGCAAACCCGAAGCGCGGGGCCACAACUCAAGCGUGCCCUUGGUGCGAGGCAUUUGCAAAUGUUGGCGAUUGCCUCGAGCGUUGGGACCGGUUUGUUCAUUGGCAGUGGGAAAGUGUUGAGUACUGGUGGGCCAUUCUCCGUGGUCUUUUCUUUCGCCUGGUUGGGCCUCGUUCUAACCACCAUGAUGCGUGAGUCCCCGCUCCUCAAUCCCAAUUUCUCUCUCUCUGGAGCGUAGUAUUAACCGGGAGGAUAGAAUGUCUUUGCGAAAUGACGACCAUAUACCCAGCGAGCGGUUCCUUCGUGACUUACGCUGCCCGCUACAUCGACCCGGCCUGGGGCUUUGCGGUUGGGAUCCUCUACUGGGCUUGCUGGGUCGGGGCGUUCGGGACGGAGGCUACCGCUGCACGGAUCUUGGUCGGCUACUGGCUCCCCGUAGGGUGGAGUGAUCACCCAGGCCAUGCAGCGAUCCUCAUAAGUGUCUUUAACGUUAUUAUGAUCUUGAUCCACAUUUGCCCGGUUCGCGUCUUCGGAGAAAUAGAGUUUUGGGUUAGUAGUAUUAAGGUGGUCAGCAUUUUGGUGUUCCUUGUCGUGAUCUGGGUCAUUAUGGGAGGUGGAGGACCGAACGGGAGGGUUCACGGUGGAGAGUAUUGGGCAGAGGGCGCGAUUAUCAACGGUUUCAAGGGUAACAUGACCAUGAGUCCCUUACCUCACCUUGCCCUCCCCACCCGGGAAUCCUAUUACUAAUCGGUUUGAGAAAGGUCUUUCGAGCGUGUUCGUAACGGCUGCGUUCGCGUGCGGCGGGACAGAAGUUGCGGGUGUUGCGGGCGGUGAGACCAAAGAUCCCAUGAUCGCCAUGCCCCGCGCUGUUCGCACAUUGAUGUUCCGCAUCGUCUUCUUCUACGUCGUCACGCUUCUCUUCCUGUCCUUUGUCGUGUCCGCGAGAAAUCCGGCUUUGCUGGGAUCCGGGUCCGGCGGCGCCGUCGAGGCCAGUCCUUUCGUCAUAGCCAUCAAGGAGGCCGGAAUUGGAGUUCUUCCAGAUGUGCUAAACGCCAUUGUUCUCCUGUGCGUUUCUAGCGUUGGCAGUGUGAGCGUCUACACUGCGUCCAGGGUUCUCUACAACAUGACCGAGACGGGCCUUAUUUCUUCUCGCUGGGGAUUCGGAAAGGUGGACGAACGUGGCAGACCGUAUGACACCCCUCUACCCCCCGACGGUGGUGAUAAUAAUAAUAAUAAUAAUAAUUGUUGCCACCUGAUCUGGAAAGUUUUAGGCGUGAACGAGCAAAGAGUGAUAGCUGAUGAUUAUAGUGUCCGAGCCAUCAUUGCAACCACCUUCGUCGCCGUCGGUCUAUCCUACAUGAACUGCUCCGCCUCUGCCGCCACAGCGUUCGGCUGGUUUCACUCGCUCUCAGGAAUAGCGUUCCUGGCCUGCUGGCCCACGAUUAUCGCCAGCAACUGGCGUUGGCGCGCCGGGAUCAAGGCCCAGGGACUCAACCUCCUGGACCUCAAGCACACCUACAAGGCCUCGUUCAGGCCCUGGCUCCCAGCGUUCGGGUUCAUCUCCUUACUCUUCAUGCUCGCUUGCCACAUCUACGUCAGCGCUUCGCCGGUCACGGGAAGUGCGGAUGCCGCACAGUGGUUCCAGAAUUGCAUCGGGAUCCCGCUGCUGGUGGUCUUGUAUUCCGGGUAUAAAAUACUCUACGGGACGAAGUUUGUUACUGCUGUGAGUGCCGAUGUGUACCUCUCGGGACACAGCUCGAGGCUAACGGGGUUAUAGGGCGAGAUGGACCUCGAAACGGAUAAAACGCACGACUCGGACAUUGCGGAGCAGUCGGAGAAAUUGGAUGCGUAUUAUGAGCAGAGUCGUAAGGUUAGGGCGUUAUCAUAUGUUAGAUUCUAGCUUGGAUGGGGGAGCUGUCGUGUAUUAUACUGUGUUUCUGAACAAGUGAAUGAAUGAAUAAAUGAAUAGAUGUGAUAUCUUUUCCAUCUACUUUCCUUCCCUUCCCUUCCCUUCCCGACAUGACUUUCCCACCUGCCAGUCAGCGCUUUUCGCCAAUAACUUGCUGCAUCCAAAUAUUAUAAUAACACCUUCCCCCCACCCAAAUCCCCACCACGGCCAUCAAAACCCCUCCCAACCCCCAACCUAGAAACCGGCUGCAGCGGUCUAAUCAACGUAGCAUAAUUCA